AUGAGCUAGAAAAAAAAAGUUACUAUUCAGGAAUACAUCGCAAAUAAAGUGAAACCAGUUUUUGAUCAACUCAUAGCAAGGAUAGUCAUCGAGAAACCAGAUGAUGUGUAUGGAUGGUCGAUAAAUUGGUUGUAAAAUUAAAAAAGCGGCGCCUAAGUGUAAUAACUUGAAAAUCACGAUUUGAGUGAAGAAGAAGAGGAAGAGGAGGAAGUAAUUUUAGAGUUAAAACAACAAUAAAAGCAACAAACUAGAGCAGCAGUUUCCGCUGAAGUUUAUGGAGAUUACAAUAAAAAGGAAGAUUUUAAGCCCAGAUUUAUCCAGAAAUCAGAAGGCUAAAUUGAAAGGAUAAAGAAAAGAAUUCUAAAUUCAUUUAUGUUUUAAGCUUUGGAUGAAAAAGAUUUGAACAUAGUGCUAGGAGCGAUGGAUGAGAAGAAAUUUCAAGUUGGGGACGAAGUAAUUAAAUAAGGUGAUGAUGGAAAUGAGUUAUAUGUUAUUGAUGAAGGAAGAUUGGAAUGCUACAAAAAGUUUACAGGAUUUGAGGAAGAGAAAUUGUUAAAGACCUAUAUACCUGGAGAAUCAUUUGGUGAGUUGGCCUUAUUAUACAAUGCUCCAAGAGCUGCUACCAUUAAGGCCAUAGAAGAAGUCACAACCUUUGCUUUAGACAGAGAAACGUUUAAUAACAUAGUCAAGUUUUCUGCAAUCAAAAAGAGAGAAUAAAUGGAAGAAAUCCUUAACAAAAUUGAUUUGCUGUAGUCUAUGGAUAAUUAUGAACGAGUUCAAUUAUGUGAUGUUCUUAAAGAGGAAAAGCAUCAUGCAGGUGAAGCGAUUAUAAAUGAAGGUGAAAUCGGAGAUAGGAUAUAUUUGAUUAUCGAGGGAGAGUUGGAGGCUUAUUGGAAGGGUUAGACUGAAAAGGUCUAUGAUUACAAGUCAGGAGAUUACUUUGGAGAAUUGGCUCUUUUAAAAAACACUCCAAGAUAAGCUACUGUCAUAGCAAAAACUGAUGUUGUCUUAUUAUAUUGCGAUUUCAACUCAUUCAAAAGAUUGAUGGGUCCCUUAGAGGAAGUACUUAAAAGAAAUACGGAAAGAUAUGAAAAAUAUUUACAGUAAUGA